AUGCUUCCUGAUGUACGACUGGGCGUGAAGAUGCUAGGAAAAGAAGCAGUUAAUCAUGUAUACCGCGGACACCGUCUACCAAUCAGCAAGAGUAACGAGCUCAUAGGCCUUGACUCGAUUUUCGGACAAAGAAAGAUCAGUUUCAUGACGCAAAUAGUAUCACCACUCCUCCCGCGUAUUCACGCCCUCUCGCAGAUUGUGCUCGCGCAAGAGGACAUGAAAGCGUUCCUCUCCAUCCCAGCACAAAGCAUUGCACAUGUGCGAACGGUUAAUGUCAUCAACGAGGUUUAUUUUUUCAGAACUCCGUACCGAUCGCUACUUGUCCGGACGCGUCCAACUGCCCACCAACAGUCGCAGAAGCCCGCGAACGCGUGUGUAGAAAUGUGGACGAACUGGGGUCCAAGCCAGACACAGAGCGCUGUGUGCUUGCGUGUAUUUAACGACAGGCAUCUGCUCAAUGUCAACCUCAAUCUAGGCAACCUCAGCAUCAUCACUAUCGUGGACUACCCAAUGGAAUGGCAUCACGUUUUCGUACACAUCUGCCUUCCAUGCGCGCCGCGGCUCGUCGAGGCGACGCUAUCGAUUCGCUUUCCACGGAUCGCUGGAAUCCAGUCAAAGGAAAAUAUCAAGCACGCGCCAAAGUUCAAAAGGCGCGCUUGUUUCUCGGUGCUGCGCAAAUUAGCGUUGAGGCUGUAUGACCCGAGUCAGAACCCCAAGUUCCUGGAAUACAUUGACGCGCCAGUUCUAGACUCUUUGGUUGUAAAUGCGAGUGAGACGUAUAUGCCCCUACAACGCUGGGACAUCCAGGCUUACGCCAAGUUCCUCCGCAAGGCAUGGGCGACGCUCACGGCUCUCGAGCUGGUGGAAACACUCUCCCCUGGGGUAAUGUUCAUGGGCAGAAUCCUCGAUGAGUCUGAAGCUCACGGUAUGCGACAGGACGGGGCGGACCUCGACACGCUGUUCAGUGCCAUACCCAAGGUGUUGCAUCUCAAGCUCCCCUUCACUAUCCCGAUACAUAAGGAUGUAUUCUGGCGUCUCGGGAGGAGAGAGUACAUCUCGAGGAUGACUGGCAUGAGAAUUACGUGUCCAAGCCGAGAUGUACCUGCGAUGUGUCGAGCGCUAAAAAUGCGGGAAAGCUACUUUAGGGGGUCGUAUUUCGAGCCCAAGUCAAAUAAAGGGCCGAGGGGUGACUUGGCUCCUGAGGUGGUCUGUACCGUCUUCUUGUUAACGUCUUAUCCAGAAGAUGACGAGGGGUGGAUGGACAACGGCGUAGAGAAAGACGCAAGCGGAGAUCAAAAUGAAGAUCGAAGGGUAAUAUGGCGCCAACAGCUGGAGGCUCAGAUCGCUGAGAUUCUGAGUGGGACAGGCGUUCGAAUGUCAGUUGCAUAUUUGCCGUAUGGGAGGUCGUCCAGAAAGGCUUGGAGACAGUCGAUGGACGGCGGCAAGAAAGAGAUCCGUGGUACAGUGGUGGCAUAG